AUGUGGAUCCAGCAAUGGGGAGAGGGAGCUACAGUUUUGGCAGAGACCAGCUGCCCACUGAAAGUCACCGAGGACAUCUGGUUUGGAUGCUGCUCCUGCACCUAUGUCACCAGAGAUCAGCGUGGGAUCGUGAGCCACCUGGUUGCCCAUGGUGACGAACAAUACAAGUGCCAGCAUCCUCCCAUCUCAUCUGACUCUAGGUCCCAAGUGGCCAGCAACACUCAAAAGCACAAGAGUGAAAAGCCUUUCAAGUGCAAGCUGUGUCCUCAAGCCUUUGCUAAGAAUUACAAACUGAUCCGUCAUAAUGUAACACACAGUCGUGAAAAGCCAUUUAAGUGCAAGCUGUGCACCCAAACCUUUGGUCAGGCUUCUCAUCUCAAAAGCCAUAAUCUAACACACACUGGUGAAAAGCCAUUUAAGUGCAAGCUGUGCUCCCAAACCUUUUCUCAAAAUAUCAAUCUGAUCUGCCAUAAUCGAACCCACACCGGUGAAAGACCAUACAAGUGUAAGUUUUGUCCUCUAGCCUUUGCUUGGCGUUCCAGGCUGAUACGCCAUAAUCGAAUACACACUGGUGAAAAGCCAUUUAAGUGCAAGCUAUGCCCUCAAGCCUUUGCUCAGGAUUCUCAUCUCAGAAGUCAUAUUCUAAUGCACUCUGGUGAACAGCCAUUUAAGUGCAAGCUGUGCCCCCAAGCUUUCUCUCAGAAUUUCAGUUUGAUCUGCCAUAUACGAACCCACACAGGUGAAAAACCAUUCAAGUGUAAGUUUUGUCCUCAAGCCUUUUCUCAAAAUUGCAACCUGAUCCGCCAUAAUCGAACACACAGUGGUGACAAGCCAUUUAAGUGCAAGUGGUGCCCCCAAGCCUUUUCUCGGAAUUCCAUUCUGAUCUGCCAUAAUCGAACCCACACAGGUGAAAAACCAUACAAGUGUAAGUUUUGUCCUCAAGCAUUUUCUCAGAAUUCCAGUCUGACCCGCCAUAAUCGCACACACUGGUAAAAAGCCAUUCAUUUCAAACUGUGCCCCAAAGCCUUUCCUCAGCGUUGGGAUGUGAUCUGUCAUAAUCAAGCACACAGCGAUGGAAAGCCAUUUAAGCGCAAUGUGUGCUCUAAAGGCUUUUUUUCAGCAUUGCAAUCUGAUCUGCCAUAAUGAAACACACAGUAAUGACAAUCAAUUUAAAGGGGUAUGGCAACCAAAUUCUGGAGCUCAUCUCUGCUUAAACAUGAAGCGGAUUAAAGUAGCACUUCAGCAAUACCAAUAUUUUGUAGGAUAACGCAAGGAAACAUACUUUAAACUGAAUAUAACCACCGUAAUAUUCCGAGUCAUUGCCCAUCCCCGAGUCAUCGCCCAACCCACUUUUUGGGCCAAUAUUGAUUUCCAAAGAAAGCACCGAGUGAUCACCCACCUUUACAAAUACCCCAAUGUAGACUCCGUGAUCCGCAAACAUUCAUCCUAUAGUUAGAUGUCCUCUAACCUUACAGUUAGAGGACAUCCAUGACAAAAUAAAACGAAGGAGAGAAAGACACUUCUUUGUUUAUGCAUUUUCUCUGCAAGCGACCCCAAAGUCGUAGUGUAUCCGUGCUAAAACGACCGAGAUAACAGAAUGAAAGUUUGUUUUGCUUACAGAGAAAUCGUCCCGACAAAAAAGAAAAGGGUGGAAAGAUAACGCAAGCAGUAACCCUUUCAGGGAUUGCGAGGUAAGCGAACGCCCCAUAUCCGGGAAUGUAACCGUUGAGUGUAAGGUCAAAGUCUGUCUCCGCCGAAGUAAGGUUGCCGUGAACCUGCUUCUUCUCCCGCACGUCGCAACAGCGGUUUUGGAAUGUUUAGGACAAAGCAAACGGGUAAAUAAAGCUUCGCUGCAGCGCCGCACACAGACGUUUGUAGAGCGUCCCAUUUCGAGCUCCAUGUUCGUGGUGCCGUCCAUGCCACGCAGCAACGCUGCCUAACCCGCGUUGAUAGCACGCCGUGCACAAAGGCAGGCAUGUAUGCAUUAAAUGAGAAAGUUGCGCAAGAGCUUGCGAUUGACAAGUCGCCUGACUUGGGCCGACGCCAAAGUACUUGCCAACGCAAUCGCCGGCUUUCCCGCUUUCCCAGCAUCGCUCUUCGUCGCUGUUUUGGUCCGCUCGCUUGCUCGUUCGUUGCGCCUAGGUAGUUUUUCUAUUUUCAUGUGGAAUUUUUUUUAAACUAACAAGAAGAACAUAGCAGUGUAAUGUGCUUUCAUGAAACAAACGUUCGUGCUGUGUGCCGAUCGGCGGUGUUCAUGGCGUGUAUGCAAGCAACGGACUUCGCGAUAGUAGAACAUUCUUUCAUGAGCAUUUUUUUUAUAAGGCAAUAAAAAUAAUUCGAGUUUUGAGUUUAACGUAUCUCUUCUGCAGCCGUGCUAGAUACGCACAAAAAGAUGGGCAUUUGUUUUUCUGCUUUACUUUACUUUUUAAGCUCAACCGCCAAGACAUGCCCCCCCCCCCCCCCCCCCCACUCUUUUUAUGAAUUUCAGGCAGCAGGGGGGUGGGCAAUGACUCGAGAUGUUACAGUACAUCCAGAAAACCACCUCGUGGUUGCCUGUGAAGCUUCGAUGGAAUGUCGUGACAACAUGUUAGUAAGAGCAGCGCCACAACAAGAAAUAGGCUCACUCAAAGAGGUUACUUAGGCCUGAACUCGGGCCUCACCAAGGGCUUCGGGCGCUUUGGGGAGUAACAACAGAGUUGGCCAUCAUUAGUUUUAGUAUUGGGUGAUCUUUCCGGCAACACUUGUUUGGAGUUGUUUGGGGAUUGUGUACUUGCAAUGUAAUGUCGACGCUACAAAAUGUGUAUUUAAAUGGGCCCGAAUGCCCACCUCUCGUGAUGACGGGACAGCCGCCUCGGUCGACUGCAACAAACUCGAUCGCUACGAAGUCAACACAGCUACCAUUGUUUCUAAAAGGAGAUGACCCCGUACGGGCUCUGCAAAGCAGUACACUUGUAAACAAAUCGCUGCGGCAUUUUCGUGGCUUAAGGGAUGUGGGAUCUAAGCAAAAUCCAAGUAAAUACCCGUUCACGCUGGGAGCGGAACCGCACUGGCAUCGCAUUCUGGUGAUCGCCUCUGGAACGAUCUUUUGCAACUGAUUUUAUGAACCGCUGGGCCUAUAGAAAAUUGCAACUUGAUGCUGACGUGACGCAUGGCAGAGAAAGAUUAGACCGGCAUUGAGUAGCUCCCAACAACUGUCCUCACUCGACAUGUCUUGGUGUACCGUCACGUCGGAUUAAUAUGUACAUACUAAAAAAAUUGUAUGUACCCAUGUUGCAAAGGCAAUCCAUAUGGCGUUUAUUUGAGCUCUGUAACACAAAAAAGGAGGUAGAAUCGAGGAAAGUGUUCCUUUUCGACGAGAGCGUUUGCCACCGCUGCAUCUGUAAACAAGCUAGGGACGACGAGGGGAAAGACUGGCCUUCUCACCUCAAAAUAGAGGUCAGGGCUCAAACUUCAUAUGGGAAGGGUAUACAAAGGUCGCAUGAGCAUGUUCCAUUCAGCAAGCCAGCCAGUCGGUCUUGUGCAGAUGGUCUUAUCCGGGGUCGUCGGAGCAAUGUUGCGUCGGAGUGCCUUGCUAGGCCUAGCGUUCCUGAUAGUCCUUGGCGGUCGCUUGGUCGGUGGGAUUGUUGUCGCAGCUGUUUCGGGUAUCCGUAGUUCCAGCAUUUGUAUCCUUUGCAACGUUCAAUUUGAAGAACUUUUUUCUUGGGACGUGCACAGAGAGCACAUAGAAAUGCACAUUGUUCAUUGCAACGAUGUAAGGACGAUGUUGCCAGCAAUCUGGAUUUUAUCAUAAAAAGCCCGUAAACCUGUGGAGCUGUCGUAGGCGUAAUCGUAGGAUUUCCAGAUAGCUUAUGAAAAACUUGCGACAAUUUUGCUUCGUGAAUACGGAUUUCUUUUUGGGUUUGUCGUAAGAUUGUUCCAUGAAUAAGCUUCGUUACCUGUUGCGAACGACAAAGACAAGGCAGACGGUCGUACAAAUACGACUCUAGGCCGAAUGGCUUCUUGGCCAUCACGACCAUUGGUGAUGUAGCGGCCUCUUCGUCCACAUUAAUGCCAUCAUACCCACCGCUUUCAUCGCAUUGGUCGGCCACCGCACAUUCGAGCCCGCUCCGCCGGCUCUGCGAUAUGUUAUAGCCCUCGAGUACUUCGGCUAAGCGAGAUUGUAACGCGUUGACGCCUCAAGUGGCAAAGCUUGUAACUACAGUACACUUAUCCCCUCAAGCAUGAUGACGUCAAGGCCGCGCCGGAUAUGCCAGAUCUCCCGAGAUGCAUCGCACUCUUCAAUGGCUGAUUUUGAAACACUCCCAAAAAUCCCGUCAUUUAAAACGAAAAAUAUAGCCAUCCGCUUAAAAUACACCUAUGUGAUUAUCAAUUACAGGUUUAGCUAAUCCUAAUAGACUUAUUUCUUGAUGUUUUCUGUAUAUUUCAAGUUUUGAUUCAGUAUCCCUUUAAGUGCAAGCUGUGCCCCAAAGCCUUUGCUCAAAGUAGUGGUCUGACCUAACCGAAUUGAGCACCUAGCUGAAAAGCCAUACGAAGCAAGCUUUGCCCCCGAGCCUUUGCUCAGAAUUCUCAUCUCAGAAGCCAUAAUCAAACACUCCGGUGAAAGGUCAUUUAAGUGCAAGCUGUGCAUCCAAGUUUUUCUCAGAAUAGCCAUUUGCUCGUACACCAUUGAGCCCACACAGGUGAAACGUGCAAGUCGUGUUUCUAAAGCGUUUGAUUCCGAUCUGACCUGCCAUAAUCGAACACAGUGGCAAAAAGCCAUUUAAGUGCAAGCUGCAGCCCCAGGCCUUGGCUUGGAAUUUCCAUCCUACCUGCCAGAUUCGAAAGCACAGGGCUAAAAAAAACAUUUAACUUGGCUGGAAACCGAUUUUGAGUGUGUGCGCGCACCGCAGUG